UGUAACGGCGUUAUUUAUAAAUUUAAUUCCAGCGAGUACCGCCGUAUGCCGCCACUGUUCAGCCUUGAUGAGUACGAACAAUGCUUGUCAGACACCGGAGGUACCUACUGCCUCCUCGAUCUCGACCUCUUCUCCGAUCAGCCCUCCGAACUCAUGCGGUACAUACAUGAGUAUUCUUCUGACACAAAGAAACAUUUCAAUCACACACAAAUACAUAGAGGUGUGUGUGUGACGCAACGUUGUUCAUAUGCGAAUUACACCACACGGGACCUCAACACGACCCUUGAGGCAUGCCUCAACAAUACUAUUUGGCAGCAUUAUAACAUACAAGCGAGACUGAAUAAAAUAAAUUAUUGUAACAGUGCCGAGGACAGAGGAGGUCUGGAUACGAGCGACUUAACUGUGAUCAUCAUUUAUAUUAUUUUACUUGCGGUCAACGUUAUAGGAAGCCUAUACGAUGUCCUUUUUUGUAAUCCAAACAGUAAAUCAGGCAAUCCGUAUAUUCUGUCGUUUUCUUUGAGGCGGAACUGGGCAAAGCUGGUAUCGCCCAGCGGCAUAGGAUCCGAUCCCAGGCUUGAGAGGUUAAAAUCGUUUCAUGGAUUAAGGGCCAUAACGAUGGCGUGCGUUAUAUUUUCACACGUCGCCCUUGCGAUGGGAUAUUGUUAUUUAGAAAAUCCUGAUUUCGUAGAAAAGAGUUUCGAGGACCCGAGCAAGCAGAUGUUGUUCCACGGCAACCUGGUGACGCACACGUUCUUUGUGAUGUCUGCUUUCCUGCUAGCCUACAACUUCCAGAUCAAUGCCGAAAAGCACAAAGCGUCUCUGUGGGACUUUCCCAAAGGAGUACUGUUGAGACUAAUCAGACUGACGCCGACGUACGCGCUGGUGCUGGCAACGAGCGCGACCUUGCUGCGGCACAUGGGCGGCGGACCCAUGUGGCAGCAUGUGGUGGGCCGGCAUGCUAGCGACUGCCGACGAUACUGGUGGACCCACAUGCUCUACAUACAGAACUACAUGUCCACAGACAAUACCUGCCUCUUGGAAACUUGGUACUUGGCGGCGGACACCCAGCUAUUCUGCGUAGGUCUGUUGGUGUGCCUGCUAUGCCGGCGGUCGCGGGCAAAGCGGCUGGCGCUAGUGUCGCUCUUCCUGUUAUCUUUGCUCAUCACGGCCGCCACAACAUACUUCAGGGAUCUCGAUCCUAUCUUCUAUCAAAGUCCAGAAAUGAUUCGUAGCCUAUACACGAGGGACUGGACUUUCCGCUACUCUUACAUACCAGGCCACACUAAUCUGUCGCCUUACGUGUUGGGUCUCGCCGGCGGCUUCCUCGCCUACCACUGGCAGACGGACUCCAAAGACGUAGACAAGUAUAAAAAGUACCGGUACGUAGUGUGGUCAUUGUUUCCCCUCGGUGUCCUGCUGAUCCUGUCUGGGGCCGUGUUCUACAUGGAUGUCGCCGUUCCUAACUCUUUUAAACUCAUAUACGCGACUCUCUACAAACCCCUCUUCCAACUGAUGGUCGUCAUUUUGAUCCUGAGCUGCGUCUUUAAGAUAGAAUCUGUUUACCGCUGCAUAUUGGAAUGGCGCGGGUUCACGUGGGCCGGCCGGCUCACUUACGGAGUCUAUUUGUUGCACACAUCAUUCCAAAGAACACUAAUUGGCUCACAAGUACAAACUAUCUACAUUCGCGAGUAUAAUGUGAUAGCGGUGAUGUUCGCAACAAUGUUUAUGUCAACUUUGGCAUCUGGGGCACUUUGGUUAUGCGUUGAAUCCCCAGUGGCGGCGCUCAGCAAAGCAUUCUUCCCAAAAAAGAAACGAGUCGAAACUUAGUGUAAUAUUAAUUUGUAAAAAAUAUAUUUAUUAACAGAUAUAGACAGAAGCCUAAUAGUCAUACCAAUAAAUUAGUGGGAUAAGUUUUUUUGCAAAAAUAAAAAAUA